CUUUCGCGAGUACUACUAUUUUAUGCUACUCUCUCUCUCUCUCACUAACUAACAUUUCCGCCUUUCUAUAAUAAGCUGGUCUGGUCCAUAAUUGGGGAUAAUUAAUCUAAUCAUAACUCACUUCUCUAUCAAAAACCACCCAACAUUUUAGGCGAUUUUAAUUAAGCAGCUCCUUGUUUUCGAACAGCGGUUUUGGUUUCGCAAAACCGCUUUCCUCACGGCUUACAAUACCAGCUUCCUCGAAAACACAACCCUCACUUUCGUUUCGUUACUUUUCUUCACUCCAAGCUCCAAUUAAGAGGAGAGAAUGGGGAGAGGGAAGAUUAUGAUUCGUAGGAUCGAUAAUUCGACGAAUAGGCAAGUGACUUUCUCUAAGAGAAGGAAUGGAUUGCUUAAGAAAGCAAAAGAGUUAUCGAUCCUCUGUGAUGCGGAGAUUGGGCUGAUUAUCUUCUCCACCACCGGAAAGCUCCAUGAUUUUUCAAGCACCAGCAUGAAAUCUGUAAUUGGCCGAUACAACAAAGUCAAGGAGGAGAAUUACAAUCUGAUGAAUCCUACUUCAGAGAUAAAGGUAUGGCAAAGGGAAGCGGAAAACUUGAGGCAACAACUACAGUAUUUGCAAGAAAGCCAUAGGAAGUUUUUGGGAGAGGAACUUGCUGGAAUGAACAUCAGAGACCUCCAAAAUCUGGAAAAUCAACUAGAAACGAGCUUGAAAGGUGUACGUGUGAAAAAGGAGCAAACUCUGACUACUCAAAUCAACGACUUGAAUCAGAAGGGAAACAUCAUUCAUCAAGAGAAUAUGGAACUUCACAACAAGAUGAAUCUUGUUGUCAAGGAGAAUGAGGAAUUGCGGAAAAAGGUUCAUGGGCCGGGAGGAACAAGUGAAGAAAACGGGGUAACCCACAAUAUACAUAGCAUCAGUGAUGGAUAUCCUUUUUUACCUAUAAAUCUUGAGCUGAGCCAGCCACAAAAGCAAACAAAUGGUGCACCAAAAGAUGCAAUGAAUUUGGGGUUAGCUCUAUUUAACCCUAAUCCACAUGUAUAUAUUAGCCACUACGAAUGGUUUCAGCACCUGUCAAUCUUAUCAAAUGACCAUAACAUUGACAGGCUUCAACUGCAGCAAUAACACGUUGGCAGCACAGAAGAUGUGUUUAGCAGUUUUAUGUCAAGUUAUCCUACAAUCCUAAGAGAGAAUGGCUCUGAUGGAUUAGAAACUUUGUGGUCGACAAUAAACAUCUGAAACAGAUGGUCAUCAUGUUCAUUAAAUGUGUGAAGACUAGAGAUUUUUAUGUACAUAGUCUCAUGAUUAUUGUAAUGAUGGCUGAAGGCAGAAGCAAAGAGUGUUUAAGUUUAGCUCAAGCUAAUAUUGUGGUAAAUGAUGUCGCCAGCUAUAGUCCCUACUAAUGCUCACUGGAGACAAUGUCCAAAAUUGAUGCUUCAGUAAACGCGGAAAAUUAAAAUCGCCAUUUAUUGGGACUGGGGAAGAUAUAAGUAAAGGACAAGUUCAUCAAACCAUGUUUCUAGAAGUAAUUUAUUUUCCGUUAAUGGCAAGCAACAAACUAAAACCAUAGGUCCUGCACAAACUUAACA